GGUCGAGCGAGGUAGACAAAGACUGGAGCAGGAGGAGAGUGAGAAAGAGAGAGAGACAAAGAGGAGGGAGGACGACUCUCUCUUUCUUUCUUCAUGUGGGGGAGGAGAGGGGGAAGGAUUAACCGGCUGAUCCGACCCACACACACACAAUUUAUAUUAACACACACACCACAGCAGAACGAAGCUUCUCCUCCUCAUCAUCAUCAUCCUCAUCAGCCGCGACGGAAGCAGCGAGGACAACAGACAAAGAGAGAGAGAGAGAGAUACAGACAGACAGGCCUCCUCAGCUACCUCAUCUGCCCGUCUGUGAUGGCCGACCACAUGUGUGUGCGUGUUUUGUUGUAGGUGGGUGUGUUCAGUGUGUGUGUGUGUGUGAUGGGGAACGCAGAGAGCAUGGAGAGCCAGUUGGCCGUGAUCCGCUCAAGAGCCGCUCCGGUUCGACUCCCGAUGCCAGACCCGGCCGAGCUGGAGGAACGGUUCUCUAUCGCACUGAAUUCUAUGAACCUGCCUCCUGAUAAGGUGCGUCUUCUGCGUUCAUACGACAAUGAUAAGAAGUGGGAGCUGAUCUGUGAUCAGGAGCGGUUUCAGGUGAAGAAUCCACCUCACACCUACAUUCAGAAACUCAGAGGCUUCCUGGACCCGGCCGUCACUCGCAAGAAGUUCAGAAGACGAGUUCAGGAGUCGACUCAAACUCUCAGAGAACUCGAGAUUUCUCUUCGUACGAACCAUAUCGGGUGGGUCCGAGAGUUCCUGAACGAGGAGAACCGGGGUCUGGACGUUUUGGUCGAAUAUCUUUCAUUCGCUCAGUACGCCGUCACGUUUGACGGCGAGCAGUCGGAGGUCGGAGGUGACAUCUCAUCCAUCGACUCUCCCUGGAGUCGGUCCAUAGAGGAUCUCCAUGGCGACUGUAGCCUCCCGUCACCGUCGUCCUCUGUCCCCCGAGCAGCUCGCCACUCCAUCAGCUCCGCUCUGGUGACCCGCUCCAACACGCUGCCGAGCCGUCGCACUCUGAAGAACUCUCGACUGGUCUGUAAGAAAGACGACGUCCAUGUUUGUGUCAUGUGUCUGAGAGCGAUCAUGAACUACCAGUACGGCUUCAACAUGGUGAUGUCACAUCCUCAUGCCGUCAACGAGAUCGCUCUGAGCCUCAACAACAGGAACCCGAGGACGAAGGCUCUCGUGCUGGAGCUCUUGGCCGCCGUGUGUUUGGUCAGAGGAGGUCAUGACAUCAUCCUUUCAGCCUUUGACAACUUUAAAACUGUGUGUUCAGAGUCCAUGCGGUUCGAGAAGUUAAUGGAACAUUUUAAGAACGAAGACGACAACAUCGACUUCUUGGUGGCGUGCAUGCAGUUCAUUAACAUCGUGGUUCAUUCUGUGGAGGACAUGAACUUCAGGGUUCAUCUUCAGUACGACUUCACCAAACUGAACCUGGACGAGCACCUGGAGAGGUUGAAGCACACAGAGAGCGACAGGCUUCAGGUACAGAUCCAGGCGUACCUUGACAACGUGUUCGACGUCGGGACGCUGCUCGAAGACGCAGAGACGAAAACCGCUGCUCUGGAGAGAGUGGAGGAGCUGGAGGACAGCCUGGGCACGAUGUCCGAGCGUCUCCUGGACGUAGAAAAUGAAGCGAUGCUGAAAAUUGUAGAACUGGAGAAACAAUUGAUGCAAACAAACAAGGAGCUGGAUCACCUGCGGGACAUGCACGCCAACACCAACACUCAGGUCCACACGCUGCGGCGGAUCGUGCGUGAGAAGGACCAGACCAUCCGGCGUCAGAGUCGUCUGGAGCGUCAGGCUCAGGAGGCGCAGCACGCAGGAGGUCCGGGCGCUCCUCAACCCCAGAGAGGAGAGGGUGACGGGGGGGUGACUGACUGUGCCUCCCCCUCACCUCCCCCCUGCCCCAACCUGUCGCCAAGCCCUGAGACCGUAGCCUAUCACAACAUGGGGCCAGGUGAAGCUCCAGGCAUGCCCGCCCCACCCCCUCCACCUCCUCCACCACCACCAAUGCCAGACACAGUGUCCAACGGUCUUUACCCCGCGCCUCCUGCUGCUCCUCCCCCGCCCCCACCUCCCCCUCCCUGUCGGACCAGCGAGCUAUCAUCCAUCCCAGCACCCCCUCCUCCUCCCCCUGUGGCCCCCCCUCUUCCGGGGUCAGGGGGGUCACCAACGGUCAUCUUUAACUCGGGACUUGCAGCGGUUAAGAUCAAAAAGCCGAUCCAGACUAAGUUCCGGAUGCCGGUGUUGAACUGGGUCGCUCUGAAGCCGAGUCAGAUCAAUGGAACCGUUUUCAAUGACAUCGACGACGAGUCCAUCCUUCAGGCCCUGGACGUGGAGGAGUUCGAGGAGCUCUUUAAGACGAAGGCUCAGGGUCCGGCUGUUGACUUGACUUUGUCACGACAGAAACUUCCUCAGAAAUCGGUGUCAAAAGUUUCGCUGCUUGAAGCGAAUCGAGCUAAAAAUCUCGCCAUCACGCUGAGGAAAGCCGGCCAGGGUCCAGAGGUCAUCUGUCGAGCCAUCCACACGUUUGACCUGCGGACGGUGCGCAUGGACUUUGUGGAGUGUUUGAUGCGUUUCCUGCCGACUGAGGCCGAAGUGAAGACGCUGCGUCAGUAUGAGAGAGAUAGGAAACCAGUGGAGGCGCUGAGCGAUGAAGAUCGGUUCAUGAUGCAGUUUAGUCGCAUCGAACGACUCAAUCAACGCAUGAACAUCAUAACCUUCAUGGGAAACUUCACAGACAACGUCCAGAUGUUGACCCCGCAACUUCACGCCAUCAUUGCUGCUUCGAUUUCUAUCAAAUCAUCCGGGAAGCUUAAAAAGAUUCUGGAGAUCAUCUUGGCUCUUGGAAACUACAUGAACAGUAGUAAAAGAGGAGCAGUGUAUGGAUUUAAACUACAGAGUCUCGACCUGCUGCUGGACACAAAGUCGACUGACAGGAAGCAGACGCUGCUUCAUUACAUCUCAAACGUUGUGAGAGAGAAAUAUUCGUCUGUGUCACUGUUUUAUAACGAACUUCACUACGUUGACAAAGCUGCUGCAGUGAGUCUGGAGAAUGUGUUGUGUGACGUGAAGGAGCUGCAGCGAGGGAUGGAACUCACCUGGAGAGAGUUCAGUGUUCAACACAACGCCACGCUGAAAGAUUUCAUCAGCAGGCACGAAUCACGACUCAGCAAACUGCAAGAGGAUGCACACAUCGCACAGGACGCAUUUGAAGAUGCCGUCAAGUUUUUUGGAGAAAGCUCCAAGACGAUGCCGCCGUCGGUCUUCUUCCCCAUCUUUGUUCGCUUCAUUAAAGCGUACAGGCUGGCUGAGGACGAGAACGAGCAGCGGCGGCGUCAGGAGCAGAUGUUGUUGGAAAAACUGGAGCAGGAGGAGCAGCAGAAGGAAGAGGAAGAGACGAAGUCUCCGUCCCACAAGGGGAAGCGGCAGCCGAAGGAACUGAUGUCUGAGCUGAGACGACGACAGGGGAAAGACAGCCGCCAUGUUUACGAGGGGAAGGACGGGGCGAUCGAGGACAUUAUCACAGCUCUGAAGACCGUCCCCUUUACGGCUCGAUCGGCCAAGCGCAGCUCUCGCUUCUUCUGUGACCCCGCCCACUCUGAGGAGCACUACUGAGAGAGAGAGAGAGAGAGAGAGGACAAGGGAUAUCUUUGGCUGGCCACACCCACUUGUAAUAAAUGGGAACAUUAGCACUUUGAACAUUUCUAAUUGAUCAAUGUGAAUAAACAAUUUUAUGGUCAGUUCGUCACACACUCUGGACCCAGACGACCCCUGACCCCCAGAACACUAUAAAAAAUGAUUUAUCUCCAGAAACUAAAACUCAACAUCCUCCUCAGUGCUGAAGAAGAUCCUUUGGAGCGACUGAAGAUAUUGACUCAAGGUCGGGUAGUUCCAGACUCUAAAUCAUUUACAAACGUUUAAAAAAAACUAAAAACUUUGUCCUCAACCUCAUAGGAAAAGUUGAGAUUAAAAAGAAGCAGAUAGUCUGUCACACACCUUUUUACCAUAGGAGGCACUGUACAGAGUUCUGAUGAGUUGGUAUUGUUUGAGAUCACAACAAUGAUUAAUAAUCAAGUUAUAGUCUAACCCUGGUCAGUGACUAAUCAAUUGACUUUCUGGUGUGGGAAGAUAGGGGGCGCCCCCUCCAUUAAUGUCCGAGCUCUACUCGGUCUGUGGUAUAUUGGUUGUUCUGGGUUCCUUCAAUCUGUGUGGUGUACAGGGUUCUGGUCAUUUCACUUCUCUGAGUUCUACUGUUGUGUCAUGCUGUUGUGUUCUACUGUUGUGUUCUACUGUUGUGUUCUACUGUGCUCUCGGAGCCAAGGACACUUUUUAUUUACAUUCAUCAUGAACAGAAUCAAACUUUUUAUCUGUGACCCAACUCGACCCCUUCACUCCUGCUGUUAGCCAGCUAGCAGCACAGCCACAGGAAUCCAGAAUCCAGGAACUUUGAGGUUCUGGUUCUAAAUGUGGAACCUGUUGAGUUCAGCUGUGGGCUGCAGUCUGAAGCAUCACCCUACAGGGGGCACUGUGGCAGAUGUCACAUUCACAUGUCUGAAGUGACAUGAGCUGUUGUUUACAACAGAGAAAACACGGAAGUAAUACUGUGGUUCGGGCACACAUGGACAGACACGGAAAGGAUUGAACCGACAAUUAGAGACAGUCAUCGUUCACCUGUGGAGACUCGAGUCUCGUCCCAAGUCUGUCACACCUGGACCAACCGGUACAAUCGAGUCCCGCAGUGUGUUUGUGGAAUGUCCCAGACUGAUGACAGCGACUCGUGUCUCAGUAUCCACACUUUACCCUCAUCAUGAAAAUCCUUUUUUUACCUUAAUUUCAAGUAAAAAUAAGUCAAACAGCACAAAGUUUUUCUACGUGUACAAACAUUUUAUAGAAAGUUGUGUAGCUACGCUCGUAACGUGUUUGUUGGUGAUUCUGCACUUGGUGGGUCAAUAAAACGCACCUGUC